UCUUUCUUUUACCUUUUUUUUUUUCUUCUUUAUAUACGAUACCUUUUAUAUAGUUUUCCCAAUGGAGGAUCCUGGUACACCUAUACCAAGUAAGAUGUCAACAAUACAGGCCUCCACUAUAUCCACAACAGCAGAAACUGAUACAGUAACAACAGAUGAAGAACUUACUCCUUUAGCAAAAACAGUAUCCAACUCAACUUUAUCCACUUGGAAUGGACCAGUAUCCUUACCAGAUAAUUGUACUUUGGCUUCUUCAAAAGAUAAUGCCUAUUUUCAUGCUCUUUUCAAAAGUGUACCGGGACAUGAUAGGUUAUUGGAAGUUUAUAAAUGUGCACUUCAUCGAGAUAUUCUAUUACAAGGUCAUCUCUACUUAUCUGAACAUUAUGUAUGUUUUCAUGCAAAUAUCUUUGGUUGGAUCACGAAUUUGGUAAUUGAAUUCAAUGAAAUCACUCUGAUUGAACGAAAAAUGACAGCAAUGAUCAUACCCAAUGGCAUUCAAAUCAAUACCCAACAUGCAAAGCAUACUUUUGCUUCAUUUAUCUUCCGUGAAGCGGCAUAUCAACAAUUGACGUCAUUAUGGGCAUUACAUCAACCACAAAAGUUACAUUCUUCUACCAUGUUGGAUGACGACGACUGGACAUCAUCAUCAUCAUCUUCUGAUGAAGAGGAUAUCGAUAAUGAUGAUGAUAGUAAUAGUGUACAUACUUCGAAAGACAAUCCACCGGAUACUUCUGAUCAUCUAUCAUCCUAUUAUCCUACAUGGAAAGGCAUUUUAUUAGUACUCUUAUUCUUACAUAGUGGUUGGAUGCUUCGACAAUGGUUACGAUUGGGAAACCAAUUACAGCGGCAAGAACAACAACAUGAGAUGGAUGAAUAUGAUCCAAUCGCAUCCUAUUUUGGAAAAUCACAAGAACAACAUCGUCUUUAUGGCCGACUUGAUCAAUUACGUCAACGAAUGGAAACUCUCAAUCAACAAAUCAUGAAUCAACAAUCAUUACUGUAUGAAUUAUCACCUCAUGAAGACAAUUAGUGUAUCUGUAGUUUAGUUUUUUUUUUUUAUUGUUUUAUACCUAGUUUAUUCCAAUAAUAAAAAAAAAAGGAGAUUUUUUUUUUUGAAAG